CUCGUCGUUAAUCGCUUCUAGAUCCAGAAUCGACCAGCAUUGCGAAUUCUGCCUUGCGCAUAGCCCGGCUGCUGCUUGAUUGUGACGCCUGUAGUGCACUGUCUGUCUUUGGUCUCGGCUCCGCUCCAGUCUCUUCACCAGGUCAGGGAUCGAGGGAGGCUUGAACUUCCUCACAAUACACGACCAAGUGACCAUAGCAGCAGUAUUCCCCCAAAGCAUAGAAGGUCAUUCCUGCAGCAGCCCAAUAUCACGAGUUCCACACCCACACCCACAAUGACUUCCCCAGCAACAGCACCACCAGAUCUUCCCAGCCCGCCCUUCCUCGCUGUCCCCGGCAUCCAAAAUUUCCGCGACACCGGCGGCUACCCGGUCUCGUCGGCGCCGAACAAGAUUGUGCGGCGCGGCGUGCUCUUCCGCGCCGCCGAGCCCUCGCAGGUCACGCCCGAGGGGAUAUCGCGGAUGCGGGAGCUGGGCAUCAAGCACGUCUACGACCUGCGGUCGGUGCGCGAGUUCGAGAAGGAAGGGCACGCCCGCCCGCCGAGGGAGUGGGAGGGCGCCGAGAGGAUAUUCGCGCCCGUGUUCCUGGACCAGGACUACUCGCCCGAGGCGGUCGCGUUGAGGUUCCGGAGCUAUGCUAGCGGGCCGGAGGGCUUCAAAGCAGCAUACAUGUCCAUCCUGCGCGCCGCCUCGGCCCCGGAGAACACCAAGCAGCCAUACGCGUCCAUCCUGUCGCGGCUGGCAUCGGCGACGGAAACCCCGCCCGCGCCGCUGCUCGUACACUGCACGGCGGGCAAGGACCGCACGGGCGUCAUCUGCGCGCUGGUGCUCUCGCUGUGCGGCGUCGCCGACGACGUCGUCGCGCACGAGUACAGCCUCACCGCGCUCGGGCUGCGCGAGAUGCAGGAGAGCAUCAUCGAGCGGUUGAAGACUACCGAGGAGGCGUUUCGGGAUAACCCGGAGGGGGCGAGGGGGAUGGUUGUUGCUGUCAAGGAGAACAUGCUCACGACCCUCGAGCACAUUAACCAGACCUACGGCUCUGUGGAGAAGUGCGUGCUGGAGCUCGGCCUCCUCACACCUGAGAGUCUUGCCCAGCUGCGGAAGAACAUGAUUGUCGAUGAGACCGAGGCAGAUGCUUCUGGUCUGGUGGUGGACUGGAAGGAGCAUGCUAAGAUGCUUCUCUAGGAUGUAGAACUGUAGAGGUGCGAUCUCGCUUGGGGUGGUCGAGGCUAUCCGGCCACGCGAGCCCAGCUGGCCAACUUCAUUGACCGGUAGAGUGCAUUCAAAGAACCAGGAAUUCUGGGAAAUCUAGAAAGACAAAUCCUGCUAUGUUCUUUCGCUCGGAUAGAUGAGACUUUGCCUUGAUAUGCGUGUCGAAUUUUGAAAAGGCCAACGCAUUUUGACGGGUUGAUUCAAAGAGGAUUUAAGUGUUUGCCAAUUCUCAUAUGGACUGUCAAUAUAUUUUUGUGGCACUCAAGUUAGCGUGAGGAGCGGCACAAGAUGUCUUCCGUC